ACCGUGUACGCAUACGAUUUUUUCACCACUAUCUUGGUGGGCUCAUCUUCAAUGCUACUCAACUUCCCGGGCGGAGGCCCUAACGCGGAAGUGAUUUGCGGGCUUCCAGAUUGUCGCGUGCGAACCCCACACCACCUCUCACAUCACGCAUUCUCCGCAACGUUUGCUUGGAGUACGGUAUCGAUAUACACCAGUGAUUCGAUCUCCAUUCUCGGGUUUCUUCUUUGUCUCUUUUUGCAAAGCUUCAAUACCGUUGAUCUGGCCUGCUAGGUGUUGGGACUCGAAUCCCAGGCCAGAAAGUCGGAAACAUGGAUUGCACGAUCUUCAACUGACAAUCUUCGGGUUAUCCGAAGCCGGCCCAUUGUUGGAUAAUUGAGAAUCGAGCGCCGCCUGUAAACUUCCAGGGGAGAAUCGAAGGGGUUCCGGGAUAUCGCUAUCUUCACCGACCGAUGGCCGACAUGAAUAGUUGGACGGCACGCUAGCCCGUGAGUGAAACUAUUCGGUGUGCGGGACUUUAGGUAGGACGUUAGGACUGC